GUGUACGCCGGGUAACAAGGAAUAAGCUAUUAAGCUAUUAUUAAAUAUUAAUACACCCGAUAUAAAAGCUGUUUUUAAUACAAAUAAACCCUAACUUUUCGGUUCCGUACUCCCAUUUAUAAUUCGAUCAUCGGUUCUCCUCCAUUCAUUCAGUUGUUGUCGUUUUCUAGUUCAUUUGGUCCCUCUCAGCUCUGCACCGUUCGUCACUAAUCACCCUCCAGUCCGAUCCCUGUAAUCUCUUCCAGUCAUGAAUCCUGAAUAUGACUAUCUUUUCAAGCUUCUGCUGAUUGGAGAUUCUGGAGUAGGCAAAUCCUGCCUUCUUUUGAGAUUUGCUGAUGAUUCCUACCUGGAUAGUUACAUCAGUACAAUUGGAGUGGACUUUAAAAUUCGUACUGUGGAGCAAGAUGGGAAGACCAUGAAACUUCAAAUUUGGGACACUGCAGGACAAGAACGAUUUAGGACAAUUACUAGCAGCUACUAUCGUGGAGCACAUGGCAUUAUUAUAGUCUAUGAUGUGACGGACCAAGAGAGCUUCAACAAUGUCAAGCAAUGGUUGAAUGAAAUAGACCGUUAUGCAAGUGAGAAUGUGAAUAAGCUUCUGGUUGGGAACAAGUCUGAUCUCACUGCCAAUAAAGUUGUUUCAUAUGAAACAGCUAAGGCAUUUGCUGAUGAAAUUGGCAUUCCAUUUAUGGAGACGAGUGCCAAAAAUUCCACCAAUGUGGAGCAGGCAUUCAUGGCCAUGGCUGCUGACAUUAAGAACAGGAUGGCAAGCCAACCAGCAAUGAACAAUGCAAGGCCACCAACAGUCCAGAUCCAUGGACAGCCUGUUAAUCAGAAGGCCGGUUGCUGCUCUUCUUAGUUGACCGCCUGGUCUCUCAUUCAAGAAGAGUUCUCAAUUCAAUUGUCAUCCAAGCAGAUUAUGUUCACCCUCCUGAACAAUGUAAUAAUUCUCGUUGGCAGUUGCCUUGCAGGCUAAUACUGAAUAAUUCUUUUAGUUUAUGUUAUUUUUCAAUUGACUGUACAAAUGACGUGGUGCUGGCUACCUGAUAGUGGUAAAUUCUUAUUCGGUUCAUUAUCAUUCUAUUCUAA